AUGUCUUCAAAAACAGAGAAUAGCCAUAGCAGAAGUGAGAGAUACCUCUACUAUGAUGUUUCUGAUGAGGAGGGCCAUUCUCUUUCACUGCCCUGUUCUCCAGCCCCCUCAGCUGGGAGUGAAGGUUGUUUAGUGGGAGAAAAAAUUCCCCUUUCUGACUCCAGGGAGUUGCAGAGAAAAAGGCAAAAAGGGAGAAGAAGAUCACAAGUCAAGAAUGAAGUAACAAUCAUUAAACAAAAAAAGAAUCGCAGGACAAAAGCUAAUGAUAGAGAAAGGAACCGAAUGCACAACCUCAACUCAGCAUUGGAUGCCUUGAGGAGUGUUCUACCUACCUUUCCAGAUGAUGCAAAGCUGACCAAGAUUGAAACCCUGAGGUUUGCUCACAAUUACAUCUGGGCUUUGUCUGAGACUCUGCAGAUUGCUGACCAUAGCCUACUUAGCAUGGCACAACAGGGUAUGACAGACUCAUUUGAAAAGUUAUCUAAGACAUGCUUAAUGGUGGAUCUCACUAGUCCAAAUAGUAGCUGCAGUUCCUCCAGUGACUGGGACUCUCUCUAUUCUCCAGGAUCAAAGAGCAGCAGCAAUAGCCCCACAGACAUGGAUGAUUUUACUUCUCAAUCCAGUUCAUGCCUGAGAUACACUGAUACUUUUUCAGAGUUCAUAUGACUUGUUCUAGUGUCCCUCUGCUCACAUUCACUUUUCUGAAUGGCCAGCUUACUGUAGCAGAGACAUAAGUGAAUCCCAUCCCCUUUGCAAUCCCAUUGUAUUGUAUAUUUAUGUGUCUCUUUUCAUUGUAAAUGCUUUAAUUCCUUUAAGUCUUGCUUUUCCUUCUCUUGUAACCUUAUGUUGGAAAUAUUUU